UGCCUGGGAAGGCACAGCCGCCUGAGUCACACACACACACAGGAGAGGGGGGGGACGCUUAAACCUACACUGCUCACACUGCUCAGCCACACUGGAUCCCAGCAGAUCCCAGGGAUCCCCCACACACAGGGCUUUGUGAUCUACAACUCCUGCUUCUGCAUCAGACCAUGUGAGGGGAGCCUUGGAGAGAUGGCUGACAGCUCAGACUGGGUGGAAAUUAUUGAGCCACGCUCCCAGGAGCGCAUGUAUGUGAACCUCGCCACUGGAGAAUGCGGCUGGGAGCCUCCACUCGACGUCCCCAUUCGCCAGUCCGAUAAGAACCAGUGGUGGGAGCUGUUUGACCAGCAGAGUGGUCGGUUCUACUACUACAAUGCACAGAACCAUCAGACAGUGUGGCAUCGACCCCUACAGUGUGACAUAGUACCCCUGGCCAAACUGCAGGCCGUGAAACGCGCCUCCCAGCCUGGCUUAAUAAGUUUAUCCAGACAGGAACGGGCCAGCCAUUGUGGCAGCACUAGCAGUGAGGGUGCACAUACCUCCUCCGAAAUCCUAAUGCUUCAGGAUGCCUCGCUUGAGAGGGACACUGAGAAAAGAAAAGGGGAUAGUAUGGAUAGCAGAAAGGAUUCUGGGAGAGACGCCUCGCAACGGUGGCAGCCAGCCCCCGGGACCAAAGCAGCCAUGUUGGUAAAGGUGAAUAGCCUGAGACAAGGCCCCACAUCCAUACCCAGCGCAACCAAUCACAGCAGCAGCCCAAAACACUUAGUCAACAAAUCAUCAACAUAUGCACAGCCUCAGUCCUCUUUUGUGCAGUCCAAAACUAAUGCAGAUACACAGCAAUCAAUGCAGAUCAAGAAGACAGACAACGGAGGGUUUUGCCUUGUUAUGACCAAUGGAGCCAAUAGCCAAACACCACAAAGGACUCCUACGGGGACAAUUCAGCCGCUGUCUCCCCGAUAUGGCUCUCCUCCUCCUAUAUAUGAUGAACCAUCUAUUGACUCACCCAUUUAUGAUGAGCCACCAGUGGAAAUGGAUUUUGAAAGCAUGACUGUGCAUUCAGUUUCUCCAUCACUUUCCCCUACUAACAGCCUUCAAAACCAAGCUCAGGUCACAAAACUUCUUCCUUACCCCGGCGCUCAUCAUAAACAUAAAAGAAACUCAUCUGCUACCGAGUACAGCCCAGCAGGCCGGGAGUACAUUAAACACAUGGUGAAUGUAGACCAGUCUCCUAAGCAAACUGUAUCCCCAACUGGAUCUCUUGAUGUUCCUCCAAAGCCUGGACAUUUGGCUGUAAAAGACAGUUUUAAACAUUCGUGGAAGAUUUUGGAGGCUAAUGUUCUCAAGAACAUGGAAGCUCACCAUAAUCGCCAGAACAGCCUUCCUCAGGAAUACCCAACAGUGGUAAGCCAACAGGAUUCUGGCUACUCCACGGGUCCUUCUCCAAGUGUAAGAAAGAGGAAAGGAAGGAGGCAAGGGAAUGGACAGAUAAGGCCAGGCUCGUUGGGAAGCAGCAGCGAGCUCAAUGCUUUGAAUGAUAAACUUAUAGCAGAAAUGAGGACAGUGGUGGGCAGGAACACAUCUGGUCGGGGUAGCAAGACCAGCUUGGACACUGAAAUGCUGGAGCAUAGUUUCCCAGCAGACGGAAAUAAAGUGCGGUUUCAGACGGAUGCCUUGAAAAAAGGCAGCGUGAGGGGGUCCAGGGAUGACAUGUCGGCCAGCAACAAAUCGUUGUACAGAACUGGGCCAGAGAAUCGAGAAAAUAUCCAAGUGGACAUGGCUGUGCAGCAGGAAGUUGUGCGGCAAAAAAGGACUUAUGAGAAGAUAGUCACCAGCCAGAUCAGUUUACUAUCCUCGGAAUCUGCAAGAACCAUGUCCCAGAGUGGAACAUUGGAGGCAAACCCCACAAGUGACGGGCGUGGACAGCAAGGAUUUGCACCUGGAUACCAGUUUCCUUAUACAACCUUGAGGAAACCCCUUUCCCAAACCAGCAUGGUGGACUGGGCCACUAAAAACCUUAACAUGCACACGCAGGGCAUCUUCCGCAGGAGAAUCUCCAUCUCCAACAUGCUCUCCUGGAAUGGAGGCUCCAUCAAGAAACCCAUGUUGAUCACCAGCAACAGGGUAAUCAAGAAGGAAGCCUGUGAAAUGUUCAAGCUAGUCCAGGUCUACAUGGGAGACCGCCAGGCACGGACAGACAGGAACCAGGUGGCACUGGUGCUAGUGACUAAAUGUUGGAGUAUGCAGGGUUUAAGGGAUGAACUGUACAUGCAGUUAGUAAGACAGACCACCAAUAACAUGACCUACAGGAGCUUGGCCUAUGGAUGGGAGCUCAUGGCUAUCAGUCUGGGAUUCUUCUCACCUUCGCCUAAAUUUCAGUCUUAUUUGGAAGGUUAUAUCUACAAACACCUGGAAGAAGCCAAUGAUCUGAACAUAACCCAGAGAAUUCAUGAAGUUCAGGAAUUGAAAACCAAGAAGAUCACAAAAUCUCGAAAAAAGAGGAAGCAGAACGGAGAUGAAGAAGAAGAAGGUUUACCCAUCAGCACCUACGCCAAGUACUGUUACCGCAAACUGCAAAAGGUGGCAAUUACCGGAGGAAAGAAGGGUCUGAGAAAGCCAACCAUUGAGGAGAUAGAACAGGCCCGCAGCGCCAUCCUAACGCCAUCUUUGUUUGGGAGUUCACUGGAGGAAAUCAUGGAGCGGCAGAGAGAAGUCUAUCCAGAUCGCCAGCUCCCGUGGGUGCAGACACAACUGUCCCAGGCAGUUCUGGCACUAGGAGGGGAGCAGACAGAGGGAAUCUUCAGGGUGCCAGGAGACAUUGAUGAAGUGAAUGCGCUAAAAGUGCAGGUUGAACAAUGGAGAAUUCCUGAUAACCUUGAGGAUCCAACAGUUCCAGCUUCCCUCUUAAAGCUGUGGUAUCGGGAGCUAGAGGAGCCUCUUAUCCCCCAGCAGUUUUACAAGCAGUGCAUCAGUAACUACGAAAACCCUGAUGCCGCCGUGUCGGUGGUGCAUCAGCUUCCUGACCUCAACCGCCUGGUGCUUGGUUAUCUCAUCCAUUUUCUGCAGAUCUUCUCCCAGCCAUCUAACGUGGGCACAACGAAGAUGGACGUCAACAACUUAGCCAUGGUGAUGGCUCCCAACUGCCUGCGCUGCCAGUCGGACGACCCCAGGAUCAUAUUUGAAAACACGCGGAAGGAGAUGUCCUUCCUGCGAAUGCUGAUCGUGCAUCUAGACACCAGUUUUGUUAGAGGUGUGAUCUGAGAGCGGCAAUCGCAGACACCAUUCUACCACCGGCUUGUGUUCUAGGUGUAUAUAACCCUUCUUUCUAUUCAUGAGAGCGGACGGGUGCACUUCCUCCAAGGACUCAUUGAUAAGACGUUCUCAGGAUAUUUACUAGCAUUUUUUGCGCCUCCACUCAUAGGAAAAUUCAAUAACAUCGUACAUAUAAAUAUAAUAUCAAUUGGACCAACGGAUAAGCUGUGGAUACAAUCUUGAGGCUUGAAAUGUGAUAACGUUAAAGCAUCUCUCUGCAGUGCCAGACCUCCUAUCUCAGUUAGGUGAGCACUAGAACAUUUCAAGAAAAUAAAAUGUGAUGCUUCUUUAAGAAGCGCCGGGUAAAAUCCAUCUGCAAAGGGAAUUCAUCACACAAGAGGCUGUGCAAAAAAAAAGCGUGCUUUACAUCCUUGCAGGGACUGCACCUCAAAUAUAUAUAUAAUAUAUUUUUUAUUAUAUUGUUUUAUUUGCAUUUAGCUGUUUUCGGUUCGAUUGUAAUGUUGCAGGGUCACCACAGAAGUGACAAUACAUGUAAAGGUUCAGACCCACGUGGCCUUUUUGCAAGUGUGAAUAUCUUUUCAAUGACGGAAUGAAUAUUUUUCUAUGUAUAUUAUUUAUUUUUUUGGCUCCCUCCUUGGUUAUCCUAAACAGUUGCAGGGACUUAACUGCCCUUUGUGCCAAAUGUUGAUUGGAACCGUCAUUCUAGCCAUGCUACAACCAAUAGGGACUGUGAUGAUGCUGUUACUUUUUAUUGGUUGCUAAAGAGCAAAUGGGGCAUCUUUCCUUUUUUAUAUUAAAAUUGUGCUCCUUUAAUUAAGAUAUAAUUACUAUUAUUAGUUAUUUACUUGUUGCAAAUAAAAAAAAGCAGAGGCCAGAGUCACAUCCACAUUAAAAUAUGAGCUUGCAGAA